AUGGCUCGCAGCAAGGACCGCUUCGAGGACCUGCCGGACGACGUGAUCGAGCUGCUCUUGUCGUUCUUGCCCACGCGAGAUGCAAUGAGGACAUCCGUGCUCGCUCCCCGCUGGCGCACCCUAUGGAAGUCCGUGCCAGCCUUGCGCCUUGACGGUUCUCAGUUCGAGAGUGCCCAGGUUUUCAGCAAUUUCGUCAAUAAGCUGCUUGAGCACCGUGACAGAACAUCCCAUCUUCAUGAAUGCGAGAUAUUUUUUAUUUCAAAAUACUACUAUGGGAGGUUCGAUCGUGAGGACAAAAACGGUAAGGCACGCCGUGAAGUUGAAUCAUGGGUCCAGUAUGCUGUCUUGUGCCGAGUGUCGGUACUUCGAGUUCUAGACCAGGGUGCUGAUUAUUCUCGUUUGGAGCUACCCAACAGCAGUGUCAUUUCCAAGCACUUGACAAGGCUAGAGCUUUAUCAUCUGGCAUUUGACGAAAGCCGUCUAGAUCUUUUCAGCUGUGAGGUACUAGAGGUGUUAGAGAUAGAUGAUUGUUUCAUCAACAUUGGGGAUAACUUACCCAAAUCUUUACGACAUCUGAAACUCAUAGAUUCAAGACUUUAUCCCACGGAUACAGAACGGAAUUGCCUUUCCACUCCAGGUCUGCUUACCUUUCAACUAGCUGACUGUGUGGGGUGGACUCCGUUGCUUGAGAGCCUGCCAUCAUUGGUGACAUCAUUUAUCAGGAUUAGCAUGGAUUCUGAAGAUGCUUGUCAUAAUGACUACCUUGGGGAUUGUGGUGACGGGUCAUGUGACGGAUGCUAUGGUGAAGAUGAUCAUUGUCUACUUCUUCAAGGUUUGGCAGGCGCUACGAAUUUAGAGCUGAUAAGUGAAUAUUCUAUGAUUUUCAGAAAGGACUUGAGAUGGAACCCUAUGUUUAGCAAGCUAAAAACUGUGUUGUUCAAUGAUUGGUGUCUGACUGCAAACUUCGCUGGACUACUUUACUUUCUUCAGCACACACCAAUUCUAGAAAAGCUUACCCUUCAACUUCCAUCUCGCGAGUAUUUGGACAUCGUAUCAAGUGGAAGCUACAACCCAGCAGAAUAUUUCUUGGUGUCGAAGCAUCCGAAGGGUUCAGUUUCGAGCAGCCGAGGUAGAUCAGAUGGUCUACUAUUCCUGGUUAUUCAAGCUUUGGUGUCCCUGAAUCAAUGUUGGCAGCAUAGGCUUUCUAUGUUUUGUCUACCUGGAUCGUGCGCAUGUCCUGUUCCAUUCAUAUGCAGGAUGAACUCCCGUCGAGACGCAGUUUGA